AUGGGGCGUCGAAGAGUAGAAAUUAAGCGAAUCGAGAAUAAGGCGAGGAGGCAAACAACGUUCACGAAGCGCCGAGACGGGCUGUUCAAGAAGGUCGGUGAACUCUGCCGACUAUGCAGCGCCGAAGCCGCCGUAAUAACUAUCUCCGAGGCCGGCAACGCCUUCACUUCCGGACGCCCUUCGCUGGAGUCCAUCAUUGACCGCUACCUGUCGGAAACCUCGGAGACGGGCGAGGGCGCGGGCGCGGAAGCGGCGAUUCGAGACAAGGAAAGAAAGCGACAGCUUCAGGAGAGGUAUGAGAAGGCUGUGGCGACCUUUGAGACCGAGGUGAAGCGAAACGAGAUCUUAGACAAGGCGCUGAAUUGGGUUGAGAAAGAAAGACGCCCUUUAGAUAAGGCGCCCUUGAGUUGUGAGGAGUUCAAGCAACUUUCUGCUAUUUGUGGAAAGAUUAUACAGGAUUUGCAGUAG